GGGGGAGUGAGAGGAGCAUGAAUGGAGCAAAAUGGCGGAUCAUGUGCAGAGCCUAGCCCAGCUAGAGAUCCUGUGCAAGCAGCUGUAUGAGACCACAGACACCACCACACGUCUGCAGGCGGAGAAAGCCCUAGUCGAGUUCACCAACAGUCCUGACUGCCUGAGUAAAUGCCAGCUGUUGUUGGAGAGAGGAAGUUCCUCGUACUCACAGUUGUUGGCUGCAACGUGUCUGUCCAAGUUGGUAUCGCGUACAAGCAACCCACUUCCCCUGGAGCAACGCAUUGACAUUCGAAAUUAUGUUCUUAAUUAUCUGGCAACCCGGCCAAAGCUUGCUGCCUUUGUGACACAAGCCCUGAUCCAGCUCUAUGCCAGAAUCACCAAGCUUGGCUGGUUUGACUGCCAAAAGGAAGAUUACGUCUUCAGGAAUGUCAUAGUUGAUGUGACUAGAUUCCUGCAGGAUAGUGUUGAACAUUGCAUCAUAGGAGUCACAAUUCUUUCCCAGUUAACCAAUGAGAUUAACCAAGCAGAUACAACACAUCCGCUUACAAAACACAGGAAGAUUGCAUCAUCAUUUCGAGAUUCCUCUUUGUUUGACAUCUUCACCCUUUCCUGCAAUCUCCUCAAGCAGGCCUCUGGGAAGAACUUGAAUCUAAAUGAUGAGAGCCAGCAUGGGCUGCUCAUGCAGCUACUCAAACUGGCACACAAUUGCCUAAACUUCGACUUUAUUGGUACAUCCACCGAUGAGUCCUCAGAUGAUCUGUGCACCGUCCAGAUCCCCACCAGCUGGAGAUCAGCCUUUUUGGAUUCCUCAACCUUGCAGCUGUUUUUUGAUUUGUAUCAUUCCAUCCCUCCCUCGCUGUCUCCCUUGGUUUUGUCUUGUCUAGUCCAAAUUGCAUCUGUUCGAAGAUCUCUCUUCAACAAUGCAGAGAGAGCAAAGUUCCUCUCCCUUUUAGUAGAUGGUGUGAAGAGAAUAUUGGAGAACCCUCAAAGUUUGUCGGACCCAAACAACUACCAUGAGUUCUGCCGACUGCUGGCUCGACUCAAAAGUAACUAUCAGCUGGGAGAACUUGUUAAAGUAGAGAACUACCCCGAGGUCAUAAGACUGAUCGCUAACUUCACCGUAACUAGUCUGCAGCACUGGGAGUUUGCCCCCAACAGUGUGCACUAUCUGCUGAGUUUGUGGCAACGACUGGCAGCCUCCGUCCCCUACGUGAAGGCAACGGAGCCCCACAUGCUGGAGACCUACACCCCUGAGGUGACCAAGGCCUACAUCACCUCUCGCCUAGAGUCCGUGCACAUCAUUUUGAGGGAUGGUCUUGAAGACCCAUUGGAUGAUGCUGGCUUGGUGCAGCAACAGUUGGACCAGCUGUCCACUAUUGGGCGAUGCGAGUAUGAGAAGACCUGCGCCCUGCUCGUCCAGCUCUUUGAUCAGUCCGCCCAGUCCUACCAGGAACUGCUGCAAUCCACCAACUCCAGCACGAUAGACAUAGCAGUGCAGGAGGGUCGUUUGACGUGGCUGGUGUACGUUAUUGGUGCAGUAAUUGGAGGAAGAGUGUCCUUCGCCAGCACAGAUGAGCAGGAUGCAAUGGAUGGAGAGCUUGUGUGUCGAGUCUUGCAGUUGAUGAACCUCACCGACUCUCGACUGGCCCAAGCAGGAAAUGAGAAGCUCGAGUUAGCCAUGCUUAGUUUCUUCGAACAGUUCCGCAAAAUCUACAUCGGUGACCAGGUGCAAAAAUCAUCAAAGUUGUAUCGGAGACUAUCAGAAGUUCUUGGCCUAAAUGAUGAGACCAUGGUACUCAGUGUUUUCAUUGGAAAAAUAAUCACCAACCUGAAGUACUGGGGUCAGUGUGAACCAAUCACAUCAAAGACACUACAGCUUCUCAACGACCUUUCUAUUGGUUACAGCAGUGUUAGAAAACUAGUGAAACUCAGCGCGGUCCAGUUCAUGCUAAACAACCAUACAAGUGAGCACUUUUCUUUCCUGGGUGUGAACAAUCAGGCCAACCUCAGUGACAUGAGGUGUCGGACCACAUUUUACACAGCCCUGGGAAGACUUCUUAUGGUUGAUUUGGGAGAGGAUGAGGACCAGUUUGAGCAGUUCAUGCUUCCUCUCACUGCUGCGUUUGAGGCCGUCGCUCAGAUGUUUAGCACCAACACCUUCAAUGAACAAGAAGCAAAAAGGACUUUAGUAGGACUGGUGAGAGAUCUGCGGGGAAUUGCCUUUGCCUUCAAUGCCAAGACCAGCUUUAUGAUGCUAUUUGACUGGAUUUACCCCUCUUAUAUGCCCAUCUUACAGAGGGCGAUAGAGCUCUGGUACCAUGUACCUGCCUGCACCACACCGGUCCUCAAACUGAUGGCUGAGCUUGUCCACAACAGGUCACAGAGAUUACAAUUUGACGUGUCGUCGCCAAAUGGCAUACUACUCUUUAGGGAGACGAGCAAGAUGAUAACAACAUAUGGUAAUCGGAUCCUGACGCUAGGUGAUUUGCCAAAAGAUCAGGUGUACGCUUUGAAACUUAAAGGAAUUUCCAUCUGUUUUUCCAUGCUGAAAGCCGUACUAAGUGGCAACUAUGUCAACUUUGGUGUCUUCCGUCUAUAUGGCGAUGAUGCCCUCGACAACUCCCUGCAGACCUUUAUUAAGCUGCUUUUGUCCAUCCCUCACAGUGACCUGCUGGACUAUCCAAAGCUUAGUCAGUCUUACUACUCACUUCUGGAGGUGCUAACUCAAGACCAUAUGAACUUCAUUGCCAGUCUGGAGCCUCAUGUGGUCAUGUACAUCCUGUCUUCAAUAUCAGAGGGGCUCACAGCACUUGACACAAUGGUUUGCACUGGUUGCUGCUCCAGCCUGGACCACAUAGUUACUUAUCUAUUUAAGCAGCUGUCACGCAGCACUAAGAAAAGAGCGGCACCAAUGGCACAGGAGAGCGAUCGCUUCCUUCACAUAAUGCAGCAGCACCCUGAGAUGAUUCAACAGAUGCUGUCCACUGUGUUGAAUAUCAUAAUUUUUGAAGAUUGUAGGAAUCAGUGGUCAAUGUCACGGCCGCUGCUAGGCUUGAUUCUACUCAAUGAGAAGUAUUUUGCAGAUUUGAGGAACAGCAUUGUGAACAGCCAGCCACCAGAAAAGCAGCAAGCCAUGCACUUAUGCUUUGAAAACCUCAUGGAGGGCAUCGAGCGAAACUUGCUCACAAAAAACAGAGACAGGUUUACACAGAAUCUUUCAGUAUUUAGAAGAGAAGUCAAUGACUCCAUGAAGAAUUCCACAUACGGGGUAAACAGCAACGAAAUGAUGAGCUGACAUUCCAUAGAGCACCAGGCCCCAACCACGUGGGCCGGCCCCGCCCUGUAAUCCCACACUCCCCUGGCCCGGAUGCUGGGGGACCACUGCUUCUCAAGCCUGCACCUCCCGCUCCCCUGUCCUUAAAUUAAACCCCCACUACCAACUCUAUCCCCUCACACCUCAUUCCUUUUCCUCUCCCUCUUAUCCCCUUUUUAUAUAUACACUUAUAAAUAUAUACAUAUUUUAAAGCCAGUUUCUAGAGGUAAUUCUCUUUGAUCAUUCUCUUGUCAUUUGUGGCUCAAAGUCCAAAGAGAGAGCGGGUAAUGCUGGGGAAUGGGUUUGGGGUGUGGAGCACGUCCGACCCGCUCUGGGACGAUUUGAUCUGGGCAAAGUGUGUGUGUGUGUGAGUGUCUUUGAGAGCAUGUUUGUGGGAGGAUGGGUUAUGAUGAGCUGGUAUACAUAGUGCUCUGCUUUUGCCUGCCUUGUAUAGAAACACAUAAGGAAAAAAAAAAGUGUACAUUUUUUUCAUAACAUUUUCAACAAUGUUUAUAAUGAUUACGAUUUAAGAAAAAUAAUGAGUGUGAUUGAAAACUUUUUACAGUCUAUUAAGCUAGUGCAACUGUGUUGAAGUGUGGGUUUGUCUGUAUGGAGAGAAUCGUUUAUAUCCGAUUGACAUUGUGGAAUUGUGGCGUGAGUGGUGGGAUUGACGGGUGGGCGGGGCAAGGUGGUCUCACAGGUGGAUCACAUGUUGUACAUUUUCCUCAAUUUGAACCUAUAGAACAAAAAUGGGAGCAAAAAAGACUUUGUAAAUACACUUUGGCCAUCAUAUUUUCUCAAGUAGAAUGUCUAUAAGGGGGCCAGAGGGUCUCCAUUGCCCUCAUUUAAAGGAAUAUUCUGGGUUCAAUAGAAGUUGAGCUUAAUUGACUGAAUUUGUGGCAUUAUGUUGAUUACCACCAAAUAUAAUUUAGAUUCACCCCUCGUUUAUUACAAAAAAAACUGCGGUUUCAGUGAGGCACUAACUAUGGAAGUGAAUGUGCUCAGUCCAUAAAUGGUAAAAUACACACCAUUUUAAAAGUAUAAUCACAAGACAUAAACAUUAUAAAAUUGCUUGCAAACCUUUUCUGUGUAAAGUUAUAUCAAUUACCAGGAUUACAGGGUUUUGUUGACUUGACAACAAACGUGUAAUAUUGGAAAUGACUACACAGAUUAGGUUAGUAAGUGAUUUUAUCACACUAAAAUCAUGUUAACAUGUAUGUUUAAGUCUUUGGUGUGUAUUGUAUUUCUCAACUGGCCUCAUUUAUUUCCAUUGGAAGUGCCUCACUUAAACUGCAAAAAAUAAUUGCUUUUUGUAAAUAAAAUAAAGGAGGUCCGAAUCAACUUUUAUUUUUUGGAAAUCAACAUUGCAAAAAUGCACUAAUGCUCUUAGUUGAGUUGAACUUCUUUUGAACCCAGAACAUUCCUUAACCUUCGGUAUGAUGAAGUCAGUCAUUCGCCAACUUGCCCUCUUUGGGCCAUCGUGACAUCCCCCAGCCUUCAUCGUUGAGUUGUUCUUAGUAUCAUCGCUGAACUGGGAACAAUCCUAGAACGACAGCCUCGCCCUGGUGUAUAAUUCAUUCCGAGACCUCCGUUAAAGGAGAAGACCCCCCCCAAAGGGUUCGAUCAUGUCUUUUGUGGAUUUGAUUAGAAAAAGUGAGUCAUGGUUGAAGGUGCUCGCUCUGCGCUUUCUUCAACUUCCCUGCUGUUUAACCUCACAGACUUCCGGUCUCUUGUGGCUUUAUUGUUGGUAGUGAAGCCUCUAGAAUGUAGCCGUGUCCUUUAAAAAAAGACCUUGGUACUUGAAUCACAACAGGAGCAGAUCACUCUUGACAGUUGUCUCUAGCUUUAACCUCUCCCUUUUUUCUGUUCUUGCCCCCUCCCUCAGAAAGUUUCCAGUUUUAUUUUUAAUAACAGAAAAACAUAAUGCAUCAGAAUAUGGUUGGAUUGAAUACAGUAACAGAACUGAAUAUAUUAGCAACUUGUGCAAAUCAACAUGUUGCUAACUGUUUGUAAAGAACUAGCUCAUCUCUUAACCACGUCCAACACUCAUGGAUGUUCACUUGAGUUCUUUUCUUUCUCUUGGUUCCCUGAUGUGAAUGUGUUUUAUGGCGACUGUUGGGUCCAUUGAGUGAUAAGAUAGCUGGUUGAAUUGUUUGUUUGGAUGUAUGCUACAUAUAGUGUAAGCAUUGUGACUGCAAAAUAAAUAUCAUUGGU